UCCGCGGCUUGUUUACAAACACCGGGAUGAUCAGCUGACGAGAGAAAUUGGCGAAUUGCACUUGUUGAUGAUGAUGGCAUUGUUAAUCUUGGGCGUAAUAUUUUAUUAAACAUUUUGCCAGCUUUUCUGGUGGUGUUUAUGUGUUUUCAAAGCAGAUUAUCAAGAAAUAGUUAUCAAAAUGAUGAAGCAGAAGCAACAUGCAGAGAUUGUGAAGGCUAUGCAGAGAAAUCGCAAUGCUAGUAAUCCGAAGGCUUUGUACAAGCAGUUUCCAGACAUAAACCAGCAGACAUUAGGCAGUAUAUAUUGCCAAGAGAUGCAGAAAAAGGUGAAAAAAUCAUUCCACAAGAUAAAUGCUCCAGAAAAUGCAAACCACUUAUAUCAGAGCUUCUUGGCAAAUGUGGAGUGCAAUGAACCCCCUGGAAUCUUGAUAAGGAUGGCGAGAGAAUUGGACUUUUCGCCUGCUAUGCUAAGCAAGAUGAUUCUGGAGCAGUAUUUGUGUGCUGCCAUGCCUCAUAUGACAAUAAGCAAGACCCAUGUAAAUCGGCUUCUGCGAGACACGACACAAAUCAUGGACCGAGAUUUAAGCUAUGAGGUGUAUAUGUGCCUUCUUGAGGAUGAGGUUUACGGACCAUUUGCUGACAGUAUAAAACAUUCCAUCGGUCAUGAAUAUGAGUUUUUACUGAGACGAAACCUGGAGAAGUUGAAUAUAAGCUACCACAAUGAAGAUGAACUGCGGUUGAAGGGUUACGAUAAGACUCCAGAUAUCAAGUUAGAUAUACCUAUUGCUGUUGAUGGCCAAGUAAUCAACUGGAUUGAGAGCAAGGCAUCAUUUGGUGAUGAGGAGAACCAUCGGACAUAUCUCAAGGACCAAUUUUGGAGUUAUUGGAACAGGUUUGGUCCUGGGUUAGUGAUAUACUGGUUUGGCUUCAUUGAGGAAUUAGAUGAACACCAAGAUAAAGGAAUCAUGUUGCGGGACUCCUUCCCUUCAAACAUCAUCUUGAUGGAUCCACUUUCAGUAGCAUGAGGUGGACAUUGAAGAAUUAAGUCAUAUCAUUUGUCACAGAGAUCAUAUCAAAUUAUGUUAUGCUGAUAUAUGUGAGUUACUUGACUUUGUACAGAUUUUUUUUUUCUUCAGUACUGUAAAAUGAUAGAUUAUUUGUAUUUUGUGAAAAAUCAAGAGUAAAUAGGUAAUCAUUGCUAUGUUUUUUUUUUUCUACCAAACUACAACACAGUCAUGAAAAGAAUGUUGUUAGAAGAUCUGUUGUAAAUAUAUAUAUUUGUUAAAAAAGGAAAAUUAAAUUGUGAAAAAACUUUUUUUUUUUUUUUAAGCAGAUGACUUUUCACUACCACUUGUGAUAUAUUCAGUAAUAGUGAGGAUUUUUUUUAAGGAAAAAACAAACAAACAGUAUUAAUAUACUAAUCUACUGAGAGCAUAAUUACAUCACUGAAGUACUCACUUAAGCAGUCUUAUAUUAACUCAAUAAUGAUAAGUACCAUUCAACAUACAAGCAGGAAUCCACACCAAAGAAGUAUUUGAUUUUCUUUUCAAUAUAUUCUGGAUACUCUUCUGCACAUCACUGAAUUAUUAAAUAUGAAACCUUAUUCUAGUUUGAGUUACCAAAGCACCUCUUUUUUAGUAAUACCUCUGUCAUUAUUAUUUUUAGCCCCACUGCCAAACAAAAAAAUACUGGAAGCUCCAAGUAUAUUUUCUUUCAAAACUUCUUUCAUAAUGAUGUAAUUCACAAAUACUGAAAUGCUGAUAAAA